AUGACAAAUUCACAAUCUCUCGCUGGAAAGUCCGCCAUCGUCACGGGUGCAUCCCGUGGCCUUGGAGCUGCAAUCGCCACCGAGCUGGCUAAACGUGGGGCCAGCAUCCUGAUCACCUACAACUCUGCCCGCGAUGACGCGCAAAAGAUUGCCGAGAAGAUCCAACAACUUGGAAACCAGGCGGUCAUUGUGCAAGCCGGCAGCUCCGACAGAGAGACACCUAGUCGAGUUGUAAAGGCAGCAGUGGAGAACUUUGGCAAAAUAGACAUCAUGGUCAACAAUGCCGGCCUAGCCACCGAUUGUGCGCUCCAGGACAUAACACAAGAGUUCUGGGACGAGAUCUACGAUGUCAACGUGCGCCUUCCAACAUUCCUGAUGCAAGCCGCUUUGCCUCACCUCGGACCUGCGCCGCGCAUUGUCAACAUCUCCAGCAUUGCAGCACGUGCUGGAUACAAUUCGACUUCUGUGUACUCUUCAUCUAAGGCAGCGCUGGAGGGCUUGACUCGGGCCUGGGCUGCGGAGCUUGGUCAGAAGUAUAACGCGACAGUGAAUUGUGUCAACCCGGGUGUCAUUGCAACAAAGGAGAAUUGGGUUGAUGAAGUUGGAGACCCGGGAGAUGUGCAGUACUGGGAGGCUUUGAUUAAGGGGACGCCAGCUGCUCCGAGAAUUGGCACUACUGACGAUGUUGCCCAGAUUGUUGCUUUUCUCUGCGAGGAACGAAGUCGAUGGUGCACGGGAAGUGUGGUCAAUGCCAAUGGAGGGCUGGUUCCUGUUUGA